CAGAUGCAUGUGUCAGUCUGUCUUCAGUGGUUACCAAGAGGUUAGAGAGGCACUACGUGUUUCGUUCGGCUCAUCGUUUCCACGAAAUAACCAAGAGAAUAAGAAAAACACCCGUGAUUGAGGAGUAUCUUCAUUUCUGUACAAAAGGAACUGGAGAUGUCGCAAGUAUUCACGUUCUUCGCUACCGGACAGUCGCUUCCAGUAAAUCUUUUUGAAAAUAAAGUUCAAAUCGUAACUCAUGUAAUUUAAGAAUAUCAUAUAAUUGAAUUAACCAGAAAAAACGAUAAAAAAUACAUAAUCUGCUGAGUGAAGCUUUAGAGUUCAAAUCAUGUCUGAAAGAGUAGAAUAUUUAGCUCGUAUAAAGCAGUUUCUUUACAAAGGAAUAAGAGUUUCUAGCGGCAAACAAGUAGUGGACUAUUUGGUUCAAUGUUUGUGUCGUUUACCCAGAGGAGAUGGCAUAGGAAAAUGCCCAAAAAAUGUAAUCAAUGGAAAUAUGUAUGUGCACAAUAGAAUUGAAGAUUGGUUUGUAAGCAAGAUAAAUGAAUGUUUACAAAACAAAUUGAUAAAGGAAGUCGCGAGAGAAGCACCUUGUGUUAAGUUACGUAAUAAUUUAAGCGUAUACAUCAGAGACAUAAGCAUUAAAUCUCACGGCCCAGAUGAAGAAUUGUAUUCUAAACAUGAAAUAUUACGAGCACACAUUCCGAGAGGGCUUACUUUAUUAUCAAUUCGCGAUGAGACUGGAUUGCAAGUGAUGGAAGAUGUCGUGAUUUGCGCCCUCAGAAAGUUCCCUGGCGCUACCCCUGAAGACGACGACGAUACGGACCAAGCGUAUCAUCCGCAUCGCAAGGGUUCGAGCUCCUCGCAAGAUUUCGAAAGGGAUAAAUAUUUCCUCAAACCGCCUCACGAGUCCAAGCUUGUGGUAGCUACCGAGAAAAUCAAUGGCGAAAUGGCACAUGUGAGUGGAAGGUUCAUCGGGAAUGAGUUUUACUUCAUCGCAGGAUCCAAAAAUGUCCACCUUGUGUUUCAGACUGAAGAAGAUAUCAGCCACUACACCGAAGAACGGUACUCGAUAGCGAGUCGCAUCGCAUUGGCAUUCUUAAAGAAGUGGCAAAGCCUGGAGAGUUUCACGGCAUCUUGGCUCCAAAUAUUUUUCCACCACACAAGAACAACGCUGGUGUGCGAAAUAAAGUUGCCAGAUCACCAGCACGUGGUUUCAUUCGGGUCUUUGUCUCAGGAUGAGUUGGUGGUCAUUGCACUUACACCUCCUCCGCAAGAAGACUGUCAAUCCCUGACGGCGCUACCAGAGGAAACUACUCUGCAGUUCUUCAGCAUGCUGGGCUUUUGUGUAACCCAGUACGAGUGCGUGGAGUAUAUUGCUGCGAAGAACCUCUUCUUGGAAACUAGAUUAAAAUGGAACACUGAAGGCAUCGUUUGCUACUAUGAAGACUCAAACAGGAAUACGAUCGGCAUCCUGAAACUGAAAUCGCAGUUUUAUAUUCAUUUGAGAGCAUUACGUCAACAAGCAUCCUACAGGUAUGUUUCCAAAAAAUCUGCAAAAAAUCCGCAGAAAACUUUGGAAGAGGCAAAGGGAAAAUCCCGUAGAAGAAUGGAAGAACUGCGUGAUUGGUUGCAAACAAGCAGCGAACAACUGCAGUGUUGGCAGCAGUUAUCCGACUACUGGUUUGAGUGGCUUGAUGUUCAGGAUAAAUCCAAGAGCUUUGAACUUUCGCAAGUGAGGAACAACUUUCCCGCUGUCUUUGGUCCUUUCUCCUCUUCAUCUCAAAAUGUGGUGGAUGUUCUGAGGAGGUUGGAAAUGGGAUCGCCGGCCAAGAUCUGAGACUGCAAGGAACGUUCUUUCGUUUAACCUACCCAACAAAGUUCAAGACCGGUGAACUCAGCCCCUCAGCAUGCAAGGCUAAAGACACUAAAUGUACUGCCUUCACCCAGACUCGAUUUUUGAGUUUUUCGUACAAUUUCUAGUGCUAAGUUUUUUUUAUACGAGAUUUUUGUGAUAUAAUGAUGAAAUUUAAUUAGCAUAAGCAUUCAGUGAACGUGCCUAACAGGCUCAAGAUUUUCCUUGGUUGUAACGUUAUUUUUUCGUGCGGUAUUAUAAAUCUAUCUUUUCGUUUUAGUGCGUAUCAAUGAUUUUUGAUUAGUGUAAAACCAAACAAUUAACUGAGAUGCAUUCAUGUACAGAAAGGAUUCUCAAUAAUAUGACGGAAGAUCAAACGCGUACUGGUGUACGGUCGUUGCAAAAAAUGCGUGGACGCCCACAGUUCUAUUUGAAGACAACGCAGUCAGCUUGAGAAUUUUCAGUGCACUAACUUAACGCAUGGAUGAUAUAAUCAGGGUCUAAUGAUCGGUGUGUUAUCCUGUAAGAAACUACCUACCAUUUUAAAUUAACAUGUUAUUUCCAUAGAAGGGCCAUUUCUAAUCAUAUUUUUUGAAUAUUAUAAUGCAUCUUAAAUCGUGCUAACCAACGCCCAUUCUGAACAAAUAUGUUCAGGAACAAUACAAAAAUAUUUCUGUGCCAAAGUUAGUGUAUCCCCUUCUAUGAGUAUAACUGAGUAAAUAGUAAUAAAAAUUUUAUUCCAGAAAGUUGUUUCAUUCGUACAAAACGUGGUGUCAAAAAAGUUAAUUAAGUGUUUUACUUCAAACACAAUUGAGCUGCA